AUUACACCCAACAGAGCUGCUCAAUGUUGAUUUUUUUAUUUUAUCGGAAAGCGAAUGCUGCACCGUUGACAAAGCGCGUGUAAAAAGAAAACACUUUUCUCUGUUCUGCCAAAGGUUGUAUCAGGAGAAAAACUAUACUCGUUUAAAACGAAGAAAAAAUACUCCUCUUUAACAAACCGACAACCGCUGCGUAGCUAGCUACAGAUAGGUAAAAUUUGGGUAAAAAAAGACGUUAGUGAAAAGAUAUGGGAUCUAUUGAUGAAGAAGCAGUGCUUAAACAAAAGUUGGAAGAAACUGAAGAUCUUGAGGAACGACGUGAAAUUCGAAGACAGAUUCGAGAACUACGAAAUAAAAAAUUUGACGAGGAGUUAAAAAAGAUAUCGUCUGGUGAAAUAAAAUCCUCGUCAAUAACAAAUGGACUCUCAACUAGAAAAUCAAUAAAAAAAACUGAAAGUAUCGAAGAAUCAGGUGAUCCAUAUGGUUUACUGGUGUACACCACUGAAGAUGCACUGCAAGAUUUGCUAAACGAAACACCGUUUACAGAAACCGAUAAAAGACGAAAAAUAAGAGCUCGUAUGAGAGAAAUUCGAAACGCUAAAUUUGAUGACGCAGUUACAACAACAACUAAAACAAGUCGGACUAAGCCACCUGAGCCAGUAAAACAACCUUCUCCAGAACCUGUUCGUGAGCCAUCACCUGAACCUGUGAGAGAACCAACACCAGAACCAGAACGCGAACCAACACCUGAGCCAGAACGCGAACCAACUCCGGAACCAGAACGCGAACCAACGCCUGAGCCAGAACGCGAACCUACUCCUGAACCAGAACGCGAACCUACGCCGGAGCCAAAACGUGAACCAACCCCAGAGCCAGAACGUGAACCAACGCCUGAACUGGAGCAAGAGCCAUCACCAGAACCCACAAGAGAGUCGAGCCCAGAACCAGAAAGAUACUCGUCCCCGGAGCCAGAAAGAGAGCCAUCACCAGAACCCGAAAAAGAACCAUCACCCGAACCCGAAAGAGAACCUUCACCUGCAGCCGAAAGGAGCUCGAAGAGAACAAAUGAGCCUGAUUACAGUGACGAAGAAGAAGAUAAUUUUGAAGAAGAUGAAGAAGAUGAAGAUGGAGUUUCUGAUGAAAUAUACUCAGACGAGGAAGAGGAAGAAGACCGAACAUCAGGACAGGUAACUAAGACACCACCUGCUCAUGUUGUUGAAGCUGUGUUAGCUACUCCUGAACCAGGAAUAAAAAGUGGGCGUGAUUUCAAAGAAAAACUAAAAAAAACAGACCGAACACCUGUGAAUUUAGAACGCACUGCAAAGGGAGGCGAACAAGUAGAUUUUCGCCAUUCUUUAAAAAACAAAUCCAAAAUGCCAGCAGUAAAUUUAGAAAGAAAGCCUGUAGGUCCCGAGCAGGUUGAUUUCAGGACAGCUCUUGCACGAAAGGUUGAUACACCAGUGAAAAAAGAAAUUGGUGGUGGUGAACAAGUUGAUUUUAGAACUGCGUUAAAGAAGAAAGUUGAAAAGCCUGUGUUCGAUAAACCAGCACAAAGUGCAGCACAAGUUGAUUUUCGAUCAAAAUUAGGCAGGAAAGUACAAACCAAGACACUAGCAGAUAAAAACAUAACUGUAGAACAAAAAGAUUUUCGUGUUGUGUUAGGGAAGUCACCAGCCAGCAAACCAUCACCAAAACCUACACCAAAAGCUGGAGAACAGAAAGACUUUAGGACUGUUUUAAAAAAGCAAGAGUUAAAUAAAGCAAAUGAUAAACCAAAGAAGCAUUUUGAUCGCGAGGAAGAUGAUGAUGAUGAUGUUGUUGACAGUCAAAAAAAAGAUGAUGAGAAGGAAGAUGAGGACGAAAAAGAAUCGGUAUCUGAUACAGACGAAAAAACAGGGGAGGAAGAAGAAGAAGAACGAGUAGAAGAAGUGGGGGAGAAAAAAGUAGAUGCUGAGUCUGUUUCAGAACCAGAAGUGGAACCGGAACCCGAAGUUGAAUCAGAACCCGAAGUUGAACCGGAGCCUGAACCAAAACCUGAACCGGUUAAAACCAAACCACGUUCCACAUCAGGACGAAGACGUAUUGUUGAAAAAGACGAGGAUAAGACAGACUCUACAAAGUCAGAACCUAGGUCGCGAUCUAGAAGAAAGGUUGUCCAGGAGGAAGAACCUGAACCUCAAAAACCUACUGAAAAAGUAUCAGCCAAGCCUGCUAAAAAGGUCCCUCCACCACCACCCAAGAAAAAAACUGUUGUGCCUCCGCCGAAAAAAGCGGAACCGCCAAAAGAGGAAUCACCCAGUGAGGAAUCGGAACCUGUGGUGGAGGAGAAAAAAGAGGUAUCCAAAGAAGUUAAAAUUACGAGUAAAGUUUCGAGUGAAAACGAUGAUGAUGAAGAAGAAGUCGAGGGUACUGUACGAAAUAGACAUAACGCUAAAACUGUAAAACCUCCUCCGCCAAAACCGAAACAAAAAACACGUCGUGUCGUCAAGACUGAAGAAUCCGAUGACGCCGAAAAGAAGACGGAAGAAGUUGCUGAAGAAAAACCUAAACAGACAGCACGUCGGGUCGUGAAGACUGAGGAAGAGUCGGUCGACGCUGAAAAGAAGACGGAAGAAACUGAGAAGGUUGAGAAGAAGGAUGAAGAAGUGAAAGAAAAACCGAGUAGAACUAAAUCACAAAAUGAAGAAAAAGAAGAGAAACCAGCAAGACGAAGAGUUCGAAGAGUUGAAGAAGACAAAGAAAGCAAAGAGACCACUCCUAGAUCGAGGAGAACAGCUGAAGCUAAAGAUAACAAAGAGGAGAAACCAUCGAGAGUGGCAGCAAGAUCAAGGCGCGAACAAGACACAAAAUCAACCGAUGAAAAAACAACUACCACAAGAACUUCCAGAGUAAAGAAAACAGAAGAACCAGAAUCCAAACCAGAAGCAACGCGCUCAUCGCGCGUCACAGGCGCUCCAGCUAAAAAACCUGUCCAAUCAAAGACGAUGGGACGAAUAAAAUUUGCCAGUGACGACGAGGAAGAAAAAGCACCUGAAGAAACAACAAAGGCCGAAUCCGAAGAAGAACCUGCAAAACCAGCAGAGACGGUCGUUUUUAAUCAAGUCAACGGCGACGCUAACGACAACGGUGAUGACGGCAAAUCUAGUCGUAGAGCCAGUAGAAGAUCUCGUAAAGCAAAGGAGGAAGAACCGGUUGAAGUAUCUGCAGAUUUGCUUGCAGAAAUUAACAGACCAAAAGAAGAACCGAAAAAAGUUGUAAUACCACCUAAAAAAACUCCUGAUAGACCAAAAGUUCAACUAACCGGCAAGGCUGCUGAACGCGCGGCUGAGAGGGAGAAAGAAAGACUGAAGCGAGAAAAAGAAAGAGAAGAGAGGGCAGCUGCUAGAGCUAAGGAACGGGAGGAGGCAGCUAGAAAGAGAAAAGAACAAAAAGAAGCACACGAGAAGAAAAUGGCGGAAAUGAGAAAAGGAAGAACUGUGACCGAUCGUCAAAAAGUUGCAGCCUCUCGCGCCAACAGAAACGCAUUUAAAGAAAAACUAGAAUCUAACGCAGAAGUUGAUCCUAAUGCAAAAAAGACAAAUCUGGUUCAAAACACAAACGUUUCCAAACUGCUAUCUUGGACACAGCAGCAAACACUAGGGUAUAGAGGUGUAAAUAUCGAAAACUUUAGUGAGAGUUGGUCAGACGGACUUGCUUUUGCGGCACUGAUACAUAGUUUUUGUCCCGAAGAUAUUCCCUAUGACGAAUUAAGCAAAGACACUAAAAGACGAAAUUUCCAACUUGCCUUUGAUAUUGCUAGGGAGGAGGGUGUUUUGGAUCUGCUGGAUGUUGAAGACAUGGUUCGUAUGCGCUCACCUGAUCCUAAAUCUAUUAUAACUUAUCUACACAGUAUUUACAGCGUGUUUGUAGAUUAAAUAAAUAAGCGUGUAGAAACCACUCUAACUGUGCAUAGAACGAGUUCGUCAUUUUCACCAUGUGGGCAUUUUGUAAAUUCGAACAUAUUUGUUUUGAAAGAAACGCUUUUCAUUUUUUUUUUUGGAUAUCUAUGCAUGAUUUGUAAAACAAUGAAACAAUCAGAUUUUCUUUUAAAUUGACUAAGUUAAAAAAUUUGUCAUGAUUUUUUUGUUGCUGUUGAUGAAUAUUUAUUCUGUUUUGUUAUGUUUGUGUGUUUUUGUUUGUUUGUGUUUUUUGUUUGUUUGUUUUUGUUUGUGUUUUUACACACGAGUUAAUAUUUUUAUACUUGUUUUCUAUGUCAGUUUGUACAUCGAUGUUUAGAAAAUCCUGAUUCCUUCUCAGGCGAUCUUUUAAACCAACCAAUUACGGUUAUUGUCGUCGACGGGGGUAUGCUAUUAGCUAGUUGUUUUCAAUUGCACUUACACUCUCCAUUUUGUUGCUUGUUUUCAGAAAAGCACGGACGGUGGAGAGACAUAAUAGAGAAACGGGGGAGGCUUAAUUUAUUGAAACGAAUUUAUAUUUUUGAUUAACUUUUUUAAGCGUAAAAUUUUGCUGUUUUUCUGUGCGACUUUUUUUAUAAAUAUGAUUUAGUGUGUUUUAUGAAUAGUUUGAUAGCGAUUAGUGGUAUGUUAAACCAUGGACGUCAGGGGUUAAAUUUCUUCAAUGUUAUAGUUUAUAAUCUAUCUCGACGUUGCCAUGGUUUCCACCAUUAAUUCCUGACAACCUGGUUUCUUUGUGCAAAGGAGCUUUUAACAUGUAUAAAACUUAUUCGGCAAAUCUAAUAAACAUUCUGUAUA